GCCAUAUCUACGAGGCUCAGAUCCACAAUGGUUUCGGCAAAUCCUCCAUUUUCUCAGCUUUCAAACAGCUUCAGCGGAACCCUUCCACUUUCUCCUUCUCCUUCUUCAUCUCUCUCCGACCUUGCGAGAGCCGAGCGACCACCCUUCUCUCUCCGACCAUGUUCCGACGAGCGUCCACCCUUUUGGCCCGUCCUUUUCUCUCUGCAAGGACCAGAUCCUUCUCCACCGAUCUGCCGGCGGCUGGUUCUAACCAAGAUGCCUUUGUCUCCGCCUGGAAGAAAGUCAUCCCCAAUAUUGAUCCUCCUAAAACUCCUCUCUCUUUCAUGGCUCCUCGUCCUGCUACGCCUUCUUCCAUCCCUUCUAAACUCACUGUCAACUUGGUCCUUCCCUAUGCCUCCGAACUCUCGGCUAAAGAGGUCGACAUGGUUAUAAUUCCAGCAACAACUGGGCAAAUGGGUGUUCUUCCUGGUCACGUACCUACAAUCGCAGAGUUGAAGCCUGGGGUUUUAUCAGUACAUGAAGGGAGCGAAAUCAAAAAAUACUUUGUGAGCAGUGGUUUUGCAUUCAUCCAUGGCAACUCAUACGCUGACAUAAUCGCUGUCGAAGCUGUGCCAAUAGAACAAAUUGAUGCUGCCCAAGUACAGAAGGGUCUUGCCGAAUUCACCCAAAAGUUGAACUCUGCCUCAACAGACUUGGAAAAAGCCGAAGCCCAAAUCGGAGUUGACGUGCACAGUGCUCUGAAUUCUGCUCUUACAGGAUAGUUUCCCUGGCUCGUAAAUCGGCCACCUUUCAGGAUUAUCUAUUUACCAAUUGUAUGUUCAUAACACUGCCUCAUUGACAUUUUGAGUUGUCUUCUUUGGUGGAAAUGCCCUCUGGAACAUCAUCAUCUUGAGGCUUACCUUUCUUGUGUUGAAUUUGAAGUGAUUCACAAAUAAAUAUAUUAGGAUGGUUUUUUGUGCUUGGCCUUGUAGCAGCAGCUCAUAAUCUGUUGAAACCAUACCUCACAAAACAAGGAAAUAUUUUCAUUUGAAUCUGUAUGGAUGAUUCAAAUCAUGUCUUAUUUUGCAACAAUUUUAAACACAACAAUAUUCUGAA